AAGCUCUGCUCGCUCUUCUGACCCGACAAGCAUGCCACGAGCGACCAAGCGCGCUCGCCGAUCGAGCAGCGACGAGGUGGCCGAGCCGGCUGCAUUGGAUCGCACUCACCACUCGGACGUGGACGACGACGAAGACAAGGCGCGGGAAUCGAGACGAAAGCACGCCGUUUCAAAGCGCACACAGGACGACGAGGACGAGAACAACGACGACGACGACAACGAGAACGAGGACGAGGAUUUCAAGUACUCUGAGAACGAGGAUGAACACGACGAACAAGACGAACAAGACGAACAAGACGAACAAGACGAAUCGGACAAAGUUGACGACGACGAACCCAGCCGUCGUGCAAUGCUCGAAGCCAUUCGCGCAAAGGCGGCUCGCGCUGCAGCAACAGUCGCUGCACCAAAACCAAAUGCACGUCUGCGAUCAAUAGUCGCACCAAAGACGCCUGGCGCAUCGGUGUCGGGAUUGUCGGGAUCAUCGGCAUCGCUGACGACUGGCCAGGCGGAGACGGGUGCUGGUCCGUCGUUGGAAGAGCUGCUGGAGCUGGCACGCGCGCGGCUGCACGUCUCAGCAGAGCCCGACUCGCUGCCUUGUCGGGAGAGUGAAUUUGCAACGCUGCAUGCGUUUGUCGAGUCCAAGCUGCGCGACGGGAGCUCGGGAUGCAUGUACAUUUCGGGCGUGCCAGGCACCGGACAAAACUGCUACCGUGCACGCUGUGAUUCGCAGCUUGCAGCAAGAAGUGGACGACCGGAACCUCGACGACUUUAUUUGCAUUGAAAUCAAUGGCAUGAAGCUGACCGAUCCUCAACAAGCCUAUGCCACCAUCUGGAAGCAUCUGACAGGGCAAAAGGUCACUGCCGCCCACGCCGCCCAGCUACUCGAGAAGCGCUUUUCUGCAUCUUCAUCUGCAUCAAUCUUGUCAGACGCUCAUGCCGGCAGGGGACGAGGGCGAGGCACAACGAGCAAAGUCGGCCUUCGCCGCGAGCAAGUGAACGCCGCAACACGAGCCGAGUCUGUCGGUGCCGGUGACGGCGACGAAUUCUUCAACAACUCGAGUAGCGAAGGCGAAAGCUCUGAGGACGACGGCGAUGCCGACGACAGCGACGAGGCGCGCAACCGUGGAGGGCGAAAUACCAAUCCGAGUUCUAAUUCCUUCCAGUUGGUUGAAGACGAGGAUGGCCACGUCACUCGAAUCCCUCUCCGAGCACAACAAAGCCGUAGUAGUUCUCGCGGCGGUCGUGCAGCAACUCGUGCCGGAAAGCGUGAGUCACAGACCUUGCGUUCACAGCCCAAGCAAAAGAGCAUCGUCUUGAUUGUAGAUGAGCUCGAUUUGCUCGUGACAAAGAAGCAGUCUGUCUUGUACAACAUGUUCGAGUGGCCUACACGUCGCGGAGCCCGUCUUAUUGCACUGGCGAUUGCCAACACGAUGGACUUGCCCGAGCGCCAUCUGUCCAAUCGAAUUCAAAGUCGAAUGGGCCCGACGCGUCUGACCUUUGAGCCAUACACUUUCAAGCAGCUGGAGCUCAUUGUGCAGUCGCGACUGGAAGGCAUUGUCCACGCCUUCGAUGCUGCAGCUCUCACACUGUGCACACGCAAGGUGGCCGCCGUCUCUGGCGAUGCUCGGCGCGCGCUGGACAUUUGCCGGCGAGCCACGGAAAUUGCCGAGGCUGCCCAUCGCACGAAACGCACAGCUGCUACACAGGACGGCGGCGAUGCUCAGACUGAGAGUAGCGAGCUUGAUGGAUUUUCCGUGACGAUCGAGAGCGUGGACUCGGCCAUUGCUGAGCUUUUUGCCUCUCCAAGCAUUAUGGCAAUGCAGACAGCGUCCGUGCAAGAGCGUACUUUCCUUUGCGCGAUUCUUUCCGAAUUUGGCCGCACGGGCUUGGAGGAGGCGACCUUUGGCAAGCUAUUCACAAGACAUGUCGGCAUUUGUCGCAUCCGUGGAAUUCCAGCCCCGUCGACGUCGGCGGUCGCUGCCAUCUGUGCUCGCCUUGGCGCAUCGCGGCUGCUGUUGGUCGAGAAUGGCGCCAAUGAUUUGUACCAACGUGUGCGGCUGAAUGUGAGCCAGUCGGAUGUAACGUUUGCCCUUCGUGACGACGCAACAUUGAAACGAGUUGUUGGGCCCGUUUAGAACGGAUGGCUUUGCAAAUGGUUACAUUGAUCGAUGUGGUCGUGAAAACAAAAGAAACAACAAAAACAAAAAAAUACAAGAGCGUUUUUGUCUCG